AUUAUUUAAUUAAAAGAAGAAAUAUUAUUAAUCAAAUUCACAAACUAACAAGAAAAAAGGCCUUUAAAAACCUUAUUUCUCAAUCAUUUUCAUCACUUUUUUCACUUUGACACUAACAAACUGAAAAAAUACUGUCUAUCUGCUACUAAACGCUCUAUCUUGACACAUUCUCACUUAAUACUAAAAAUGUUCCAAUAACCUCAAUACUUUGCUUAUAACAAUAACAAUAACUACGGAAACAUCGGUUAUUAUCAAUAAGCUCAACAAUAAGCUAUGAUGGAUAUUUACUUCCUCUAACAACAACAAUAACUCCAAUAACAAUAACAAUCAUAGAUUUAAAACUAAAAAAUGGUCUAAAACAACAACAUCUUUGAAGACGUUUCUGAAGAAGUUGAAUAAUUUAAUGUUUUCGGAAUUUUAGACGAAAGCAUGGAUUUGAUAGAAUUUGAAUACAAUCAAAAAUAAUCUGCUAAGGAUAAUUUCGAAGAUGAAUUCUCUGAAGGAAGCACAAACAAUUCCUCUGCAUCUUCCCACAACUCCUCCAAAAUUCUUGAAGAAAACUUCUAAAGCGACGAUUCCAGUGACAGUUGCUAAUUUUCUCAAGAAGAAAAUAAUUUCAGUGAACAUCAAAUUAACCUCUACAGCGGUUAAGGCGUUCACCUCUUUUUCGAUUCUAAUGACAGAUGUGCUCACUCCGAAGAAAUAAUCCUUUUCGGAGAAGAAGAAGUUGUUAUUUGCAUUAACUAAUAAUAAAUUGCAAAUUACUAAAAUAGCAACAAAAACGUUAGAAUCGUUUUCAUGUGCCCUGGUAAAGAAGUCAUCGUAAGAAGAGCUCUCUCUAGCUACUCUGACAGCGAAAUGAUGAACUCCUUGCCAAUUAACAUGAGCUCAGCUGCUUUAAGAUUUGUCGCUAGCUCAGAAUUCUGA